GGGGUGUGUGUGGGGGGAGUAGGAACGCGCAGGCGCAGAGGCGACUAACUGGAAAGCGGGAGAGCGUUGUUUGGUGGUGGAGGGGGGGACGGACUCGUCGACAAAUGGCGGACGUUCCCCCGAGUCGAGCCGUUACCAUGAGGCGGAGCAGGUCGCGGACCAAACGUAGCGGCCCAUCCAGUCCCGCGGCCUCACCGGUCGGGGCUCCGGAGCCGCCGCCCCUCACCCGGUCCGAGUGCCUGUGCCCGGUAUGUCAGGAGCUGCUGCUGGAGCCCGUGACCCCGCCGUGCGGCCACUCGCUGUGCCUCGACUGCUUCCAGAAGACGGUGCAGAUCAGUAACCUGACCUGCCCGCUCUGCCGCCGCCGCCUCUCCAACUGGGCGCGGCGCCAGGCCCGCUCCGGGGGCCUGGUCAACACCGCGCUGGGCAAGCGCAUCCGAGAGCAGUUCAGGGGCGAGAGUCACGGAGCCGCCGAGGAGUCCAGAGACAUUGACAGAUCGUGGCCAACAACACAUCUAAGCAAACCUGGUGAAGUUCGACAGGAGUAUGAAGACCAGAUUCUUAAGUUCAAAGCUGAGCGUGUUGCUCGUGAAGAGGAGGAAUUCCGAGCUAGUGAAAACUUAAUUCAGAAACUAAUGGCCGAGGAGCAGCAGGAAAAAGUGCUUUUGGAACAACGCAGGAAAGAAGUGGAGGAACAGUUGAAAAAAGAUGAAGAACUUGCUAAGAAGUUGAGUGACAAAAUGAAUUCUGCAUCUGUGAGGCCACCAGAACGUACGAAUAUUGAUACAAGUUUGACUGGCUCAAAAUCCACCUCCUCAAAAGUCACCAAGGGAAGCAAUUCUACUGUGCACAACUCUGGCCAUGUGGGAGAUAUACAUAGAUACUUCUCUCCCACAACAUAUUCUGAAUGUCCAGAGACCAGGAGGCAGAAGAGCAAUGCAUCUGCUGUCAAAACAUGUGACGACUUGAACAGUGUAACUUGGUUUAAAGAGCAAAGUGAUGAAUACAAAUUGCAAAAGUUGCCUCUCCAGUGUUCGUUUCAAUGUGAAGAUUCUGAAAAUACAAAUGAGACAACAGAGGUUCAAAUUAGUGAAAUUAAAGAAAGAGUGAGGUUCUCAGAAGAUGCACUACUUACAGGAACAAGUAUAAAUUCCACUACUAGCAAUGGUGAAAAUGGAAGUCUAUUGGAUUCUGUAAGCACCCCAACUUUAAAAAGUGAAGUUAAUAAUUACUAUGGUUCACAGACUGCAAAGGACAAAACAGUAAGCAAUCAUACAGUUACAGCAUUGAAAGAACAGCCUAUCCAAGUUGAAGGUAUAGAGAAUCAAACUUUGAAGCGACCUUCCAUUAAAUUGAAAGAGGUGUUGAAAAGAAAAACCUUCAAUUCCUCAGAAAUACCCGAGGAAACUACGUUCACACCUAAAAAGAAGAGAAUCUAUCCUUGUUCUGACAACAAUGAGUUUAAUGAAGAUCUACAAGUUGCUAAUGAAAUUUCCUACAUGGAGCAACAUGCAGAGUGGGAGAAAGAAAAGUGUAGACUUGAAGAACAGGACAGAGAAUUAGCAUUGCAACUACAGAGAAAGUUUGAUCGGGAGACGACAACUAUUAACAGACAGAGAGGAUCACCUGAUGAAUAUCAACUACGGGUGAAAAACCCAUAUCCAAUUAAUUCUAUGGGCAGACCUAAUCAGCAUCAAUCUAAUAGCUUGAGGAAUUCAAACCCAAAUUCAUCACAAUUCGGUAAAAAGCAAAAAAAUGCCAAAAAUUCAAAAAAUGUCGCCUCCAGGUUAAGCAGACCAAAAAGGAAACCUCGAGCCACAGCAAGCCAAGUUUCGACUCAAAGGUCCCGACAUCAGAAACCACUUAAAUGCCUGGAUGGGAAUUCUGCAAAAUUGGGUCACGUCAAUAGACUUAAAAACAAACAACAGACUUUGAUUGAAAUGAUUCAGAAAAUGAAUUGACAGGAAUAAUCUACUCACCGUUUGUAUUCAGGCGAGAAAAAACUUGUCAGUGUUCAAUACAAUACUAUAUAUGUUUGGUUGAGUUUCAUUACCAACCUCAAUUAUUAUUCAACAACUAACCAGUUCUUGUUUGAUUUGAGUUGAAAUUCACAGGCAUCUAUUUUUGAAGCUUUCUUGUCAUAUAUAAUUGAAAUUUCCACGUGUAAAUUUGUUAAAAGCUCUUUAUUUUGCAUGCAGAAUAUUUGGACAAAAUGAUGUAAUGGAUAAGACUGGGUGAAAUAGACUGAGGUAAUUUGUAUUCCUUCAACUUGAGAGGUCAGUAUUUCGAGAGUAUUUGCGAGGUCAGUAUAGCGCCCCCCCCGCAUGGCGGGCACUAUAUAAGUGCAAGUUGUUGUUGCACUAGCAAUGAGAAUGUGCAGAAAUAGUCAUGAUGCAUUCAUUUCCAGAAUUAAAUUCAGCUUUAACAUAUUUGUAGUUUAGCUUAAAUUGAAAUACAAAGAUAAAAACUUUUCAAAAAAAACUAAAUUUUGUGAUUUAUUGUGGUACAAUAUUACAUUCUGCCUGACAGCAUUUUGGGGAUUUAAUGUAAUUAUUCAUAUAUAUCACUAAAAAAUUGUACGAGUUAAAUGGCAAUAAAUAUCAGUUGCUUUAAGAUGUAGUGUUUUUUUUUCUUUGGGUAUGUAUCAAAAAAAAUAAUAAGACUGAUGGAUAGCAAUCUAUAAUUUGAAAUACUGUGCUCUGCUUGCAUUCCUUUCCUUUCAACUGAAAUCUCAUUGAUCCACUUUACCAGCACAUGAUAUUGGGCAUAUAGGUGUUGAAGUGUCCUGGACUGAUUUUAUGCAGACCAAACCAAAAUAAAAUCUUUGAAUUCCUCAGAAAUACCAGUGGAAACUAUGUUCACAUCUGAAAAGAGUCCAAAGAAGAUCUAUAAGUUCCUAAUUGAAUUUCCUACAUGGACGAACUUGUGGAGCGGGAGAAAGAAAAGUGUAGACUGGAAGAACAGGACAGAGCAAUAGCGUAACUGCUGAGAAGCUUGAUUGGGAGAUGAAAAUUGUUAACCGAAUGAGAGGAUUACCUGAUGAAUAUUUACUGCAGUCUUGUCGGUGUUCCCCAAUGAGCCAAACCAGGCCAAAUGGGCCUGAACUAAGCGCUUUGAGAAGCUACCCCCUUUGUAGUGCGCUAUAUAAGUCCAAGUGUUGUUAUUUGUUGUUAAAUUAAAUUUGUGGGGCUUGAUCUAUGUAACUAUUGCCUCCUAUGCUUUGUAUAAGUUUGUGGACCGUUCUGUAAGGGGCACAAUGACACCCAAUGAGUUAUAUUACUGAAUAAAAAUUUAAUUCUGCACCUGCAA